AUGGUGGCUCCCGCGACCCCAGCACCAGCUCCCACAGGAACGAACGCUGCGCCAGAACGGGCGGGACUGGACUGCGCGGCCAGGCGGGACUCCAGACGCGGGGCGGGUUGCCCCAUGACGACUGCAUGCUCUGGGGCGGCGGCAGCGCUCUCCGCCCGCCCCCGAAGGCAGCGCUCUCCGCCCACCCCCGACGGCGUCGUCCGCCCACGGGUCUCCCUCAGCCACCGCCCUGCGCGGCCCGGGAACGGUGCCCGCGGCCCCGCCAAGGACCCCGCACGCGGCGAAGACGCCCCACUCACCUUCUCCGAGAAGUUUGGCUCACCCGACGCACCUGUGGCGCGCGGGGCCCGCGGGCGGGAAACGACGCCUGCCAGGCUGAGGGACGCGCUCCCUCACGCAAACCUCGGGGAUGAGCUCUCGCGGGAGGAGAGGCGGCUCCGCGAGGCUGCCCGCGCGGGGGCCUCUCCGCCUGCCUUCGCACCCAGGGAUCAAACCCGCGGCUCCCGCGCGGCCCGGCAACCGCGGAGCUGCUGUAGACAAACGAAGUUUAAGAAAAACACGCCCACCGUUCCCUCGACGCUGGAUCGGCAGGACCCCCCUGUGUACCAGAGAGCAACUCAGGACGGCUCGGUCGCGGCCGGGACACUGCGUCUGCAGGACGUGAAACCACCCAAGAGGCGCUGGGAAGACAUCGCCUGA